AUGCCAGAAAAGAUCGUCAUCUUAAUUACAAUGACGUCAUUGUACUCAGGAUCCAACAUUUUCGCGUCGCCAUCGUCCCGAAAGUUCAACCCGUCGUCAUACGCCAUCAUGAACGGCAGGAGCGCGCCUGCGAAGCCGACCUACUAUGACCUUAUUGACGACGGAAACGUCGAAAAUCUUGCUCUAAAUCGCCCUCCGUAUAAUUCCGUGCAAAGUGAUGCUGCUGGUCUCUGGGACGUGAUCGUACCGACUUCCAUGCCGGUAUUUCGUCCGUCGCCGAGCAAGAUCGGAAAGGUUAAAAAAUCUGAAACCGAUGAAAAGAAUUGGAAUGUUCAUUUUCCGCUCAGAAUUUGGGGAUGA